AUGCUUGGUACUAAUCGGCAGUACGUUUUGGAUGAUAAACACUUCAAUAUGUCAACAACACCAACGACGGCAACUGCCACACAGAAUUGGACAAAUUGUGAUAUGAAUUCUAUGAACAGUAAUAGUGGUAGUUGUAGCACCGACAGUACUGGAAGCAGUCGUGGGAGUAAUAGCAGUUGCGGCAACAAUAGUAGCAAUAAUAAUGGUAAAUUCGAUUCACAUUCCAAUGGUAGUACCAAUGCAGUAGUACCCGCAUAUAACGCGUAUAACCAGUAUACCCUACAAGCAUUGAAUAGCCAUACAUCUAUUAAUACACCAGUCACCGGUAUUAAUACUAUGACAAGUACAAAGUCUGUUGAAAUACUCACAAAUACAAGUAGUACACAAUUGGGUGGACCCGCAUAUUUUUUCAUUAAUACCACUACCACUAAUAAUAAUAAUAAUAAUAAUAGUAAUAAUUCUUACCAAAGUAACUAUGAUCCAUUGGCUUCAGAUAAUAUCCCAAACAAUCGUCAAAUACACCUACCGUCGAUUCAGUCGGUGAAUCAUUUUGUCAAACAUGAAGAUCACCAUGAGAAUAGAGAUAUACUGUUAUGUAAUCCAGCUUGUACUUAUACAUCUCCAUCAGAGAAUAUCAACGAUAAUCUAUCGAUUGAUGAUACGCCAAAGAAAUCUGUGCCCUUUCUACCUCCUCUCACAGUUUCUCAUCAUCAUCAUCAUCAUCAUAAUCCGAGAAAUAGCAUCAAUGAUGAACAAUGCAAAAAGAAUGCCUACAAAAUGUAUAAAAAUGUUUAUGAGGACAGUGAUGCCGCCAAUGGUUCUACCAAUGGUAUUGAUUAUUUGCCUUCAAUUAAUCCAGAUUCUUGUUAUUUACUGAAUUAUGGUCAACCUAAUCAGAUGGGGGUAAUGAUGCAAUCAGAUCAAGUGGAACAAUGUCCAUCACUGUCCACAUGUGGUACAGAGUUGAAUAGUCUCUCGGAGAACAAUCAUAGUAACAAUACUAAUACGACUACCAAUAAUCAUAAUAAUAAUAAUAAUACUGUCGAGAAUACUAUUCAUCGUAAUCCAUCUAAUGAGAAUCCUACCCAACAUACUCAACGUCAUCUAUGGGAUAUUAAAGACAUGAAAUUACCGAAGGUUACAUAUUAUGAUCCAUAUGAAUUAUGGCCUAGUGGACAUUGUCGUCGUGUCUAUGCCCAAUCAUGUGAACGUGCACGUCGACAUCAAAGUGGUUGGGCUAUGCGAAAUACAAAUAAUCAUAAUCCACAAGUGUUGAAAAAAUCUUGUCUUGGUGUUUUGGAAUGUUCAAUGGGAUGUUUAGUCCAGGGGAAACCGUUGAGUUUACGUCCAGCGAUAUGUGAUAAAGCAAGGAAAAAACAAUGCAAUCGUGAAUGUAUUACUCCUGGUUGUAAAGGUCGUCUUGUACUGCGGAAUUGUCGUGGACAUAGUGGUUAUCCUGUUACACAUUUUUGGCGUUUUGCUAAUGGUGCUGUCUACUUUGAAGCAAAAGGUGAACAUGAUCAUAAUCGUCCAUCACUGAAAACUUUCGGCUUGUCUGAUACAGAUCAUCAAUACUCAUCGGGGAAUACGAACACAACCACCACAGCACCAGCAUCACAACCAACAGGAACAACAUCAAUGCCAGCAAUUGCCACAGAUAUCAGACUGACAAUAGCUCCAAUCAAAGAUGAAUUACAUAAUCCUACAACUGUCAACGGUUAUCAUCAAGUCAAUGAACAUCAGCCUAAUGGUUAUUAUCAACAAACUUAUCAUUUAAAUUCAUUUAUACUACCUCAUAGUGAUAUUAACCAAUCAGAUCAAACGAAACAGCUGCCGGGAGAUUUAAAUUUCCCGCCUGAAUUAAAUACACUUCAAAUGAAAUUACAUAACAAUAAUAAUAACAAUAAACGUUCAACUGGUAAAUCAAUACGUCGUGAAAAGAAAUCAUCCAAUGUCAACUUAAAGAAACAUCGAAAAUAUGAAGAUUUCUUGAAGUUUCCAUCAAAUAAUGAGUCUAUUUCGACACUUGGAGACUUGAAAAGUAGCCGAAAAAAUCAACCAACAAAAAAAUCAAUCCAUGAAAAUUCAAAAAUACCAGCUAACACAGUAGAUCAUACUUUAAGUGAACUGAAAGUGACACCAGGGGAAGGUGAAUUACAUAAAAAUUUAUCUUAUAAUACUAGUAGUGGCAAUAAUGUGACAUUUUAUCGAUUGGAUCCAUUGGAGAAUAAUGAAAGUACCAAUUGUAAUUUAUGGUGUAAUCAGGUGAUAUCCACUGAUCAAGGAUAUUUCACAUCGACCCAGUUGGUAGAUCAUUCAAGUAUGGGGAGUCAUAUCUACUUAGGGGAUUCUAUGUCUGUUACGCCGCCACCGAUUCCACCGCUUCCUAUGACAAUAAAUCCUCACAGUUCGAUGCCAACAUGGAGUUCUUCGACUGGAUUAGAAAGUUAUCUAUCAACGUCUAUAGGAAAUACAACAACAACGACUAGUGAUAUGUAUGCCAACAAUAACAGUAAUAAUAAUAAUAAUGGGCCGACAGGUUCCCCCAACUGGCCGUCAUCACCGUCUGUACUGUCCGCCUCAUCAUCAUCAUCAUCAUCCUCCCUGUCGUCUUCCUGUGGUGCUCCCUCGUCGUCGUCAUCAUUAUCAUCACUGCCUUUCUCGUCUUCACUGUAUAAUCAAACUGUACUGAACUCUUUCAGUACAAAUCCCGGUUAUUAUCAUAUUUCAUCCAAUUCACCGAAUGCCCUGAACUGUAAUCAUUCUAUACACGAAGUGAACUAUAUUCACUUAUAUCCUAUGGGUCCUGAUCAAAUUGCUGUGAACUAUUGUGAUGAUGAAUACACUCAGUCAACAGUAAAUCCAGGAUAUACUGAAUUCGAUACGAUUACACAAUCUUCAAACACGCAUGAAAUAGGAGGAUCUGAAUGGUGUCAACAGUCUGUUUAUUCUACUACACCUAUUCAUGGAGUUGCACAGUCGAUGACUAACACUAACGAAACCCAACUAAUGCCUGGCAGUGACCCCUGUCAAGUGGAUUAUGAUAUUUGGACGACGACAGUUAACGAGGCAGCAACACCUUUACAUCUACAACCAUCUACAGCUUAUACUGUACACUAUCCUAUAAAUGAUCUAUGCAUGGAAAUUUUCGAUUCGAGCAGUAAUCAUCAUCAUCGUCAAAAUCAGGAUCAGCCACAACAACACCAACAGGUUCAAUACUUUAAUACUUAUAAUGAAAUUUUUGAUGACAGUCAAAAUCAACUGAUAGAUAAUGAACAAUUCAAUGAUAAAUCAACUGAUUAUAUUGAUUUUAUUUUAAAUUCAAGCAUGAAUCAAUCAACUCCAAUAGGAAAUUGUUGUUUAAAUCAAUCAAAUUAUCAAAUUCAAUCGAAAAUGAUUGAUCACUUUAGUGAUGACCUUGACGCAGAACCAACCAAUGAAAAAGAAGCGUGUAGCGUACAAUUCAAAAGUAAUUUAUCCACACAUUCAGCCAAUAAUAAUAAUAAUUGGUCAAAUCAGUGUUUAUCGCAUACAUCCUUUCUAUCAGAAACCGAUAGGAAUGAAGAGAAUCAUGUCGAUAGGAGAGAAGAGAAUGAAAAGUCUUCAGAGAGUAUGAUGCAUCCCAGUACUAGCAACAGUAGUAUUGGGAGUAUGAACUCUCAAAAUUAUGAAUUUAACGAGCUAGGAAGUCAUUUCUAUCCUCAGAAUAUCUAUCAACCAAUGAAUAGAACACAGUUUAGCUUAAAGAACACCUUAUGCAGUAGUAAUAACAACAAUAGUAGUACUCAUACAAAUCAACCGGUGACUAUUGAUUAUUGGAUAUCGACAGAAUGAUA